CGUCCCUCACGGAGUCUCACCUCACAACCUCAUCUUCCCUUGGAUAUCUACUAUUAUCUGCCUUGGUGGAUUGUGCUGGUCCAUCCAUACUAACGGUGUGUCUGUACCAAUUGCAGACCAGUCUUGUUUCGAACAGCAGAUACCCUUUGACAAAAUCACUCUGUCCAAUCAUGUUUAUGACCCACCAACUUUUCUUUCCUUAGUCGUCUACGCCGCAUCCUUCACAUCACAUCAAUCCAUUACUUCCACCUUUUGAACGGCAAUCCAUGGACCCAAAAACCAGUCUUAGGACUUCGAGAUAUGCUCCUCGUACUCCUGCUGAAAACCUCGCCUACUCGAGAGCCCAGCGCAUCAAGCAGGACAAGGAACAGGCCUCGCGACUGUUCGAACGCCUAAGAUGGAAAGCCGAUUCCUUGAUUGCGUCGUACAUUCGAGCAAGUGAAGUUUUAUAUGCAGAAAUUCAUCAUCACGGCCAUCUGGAUUCUAGUCGAUUUCCAUUCACCAGUGGCACUAGCAGCAAGCAAGCAGAGUCCAUGUUCAAGGUCGAUUUCUUUGAGUUUUACACACUGCUCGAACGCUACCUCACAUUGUGCUUUUCAGUCCUCGGAGUUAGUGUCUCCGCAGCAGGACCAAGGACGAAUGUGAACGCCCUUCGCUUCAUCACCAAUCCUGAAUUUGCCCGUAGUCGGGUGGAGUCCUCGCAUCGAUUUCACGCCAACCUCUUGGAAGCAAUGGACGACCCAAAGUCUCCAUUACAUCCUGCCUUUGGUGCCCAAGAUAUUCGUAUACAGCUUGGACUGGCUAAAGACUAUCGAAAUCACUGGAAGGAUGCCGACGAGCAGAUCGACAAGAAGCCGUCUGACCUCGGAGAUAAACCGUCGGUCAAAUUGGGCGAUCUUGAGCUCCAGACAAUGAUUUUGAGCAUCCUGAUAGGAUGCGAAAAAGCCCAGGCUAUUGUACUUUCCGCCGAUCCGUCUAGCAAUGGACAGUCAUCAAGCAAAAGCCAGGACUCUGAGCCCAGGGCUUACGAGAGGAUGGAGAUGGAAGAUAUCCCUUUUGAGUACAUGGACGAUGCCAUGGAAUUGGAUUAGGAAGCUAUUCCCUGAGCGUCUUCUGUUUCUUUGUAUACAUCAGCGCACGAAGAUACCCAACCGUUAGUUCGAGCAAUUAAUUCCACAUGCAUG